AUGGGAAAUGACGAGGGCCGUGCUGCAGUGAUCACCGGUCGUCGCGCGCCGAGCGAACGCAUUGUGCCUUCGGGCUGCCUCACGUGCGGUCUUCUCACCGGUGCGCUCUCUUCCAGUUUGUUUACUCCUUUCGACAGAGCGUUGUAUCUUUCUGUCACCGCCCGGCGACCCCUGUUCGAUCGUCGGAACUGGGAGAGACCCUUCCAGGGGCUCCUGAACACGUUUGUCUCUCGGGCAGUUAAUACGGGCCUGUAUUAUCCUCUAGAAAGCAUCUUCGCCAAUGUCCUAUCCUCGAUUUGUUCAUCGUCUCCAUUUCUGAACGCGCUGCGAGCUCAGCAACAUGCCAGCCUCGGCGCGCCAGGACAGGCGGGCGCACGCCAGUUGCAGGAAGCUGCAGCUGGUGAGCCGCAUGAAGCUGUGAAGGACUCCGGCAGUUCGCCUCCCACUUCGAAAUGGAUUUUCUUGGCUUCUGGGCAACUCGUCGGCCUGACGACCGCGCUCGUGUGCCACCCCAUGAAUAUGGUGAAAUGCGCCAGCUGGAGCAACCAUGCUGAGACAUCGUCUGGCGCCUUCUUCAAAUCUCUGCGAAUAGGAGCUGCCGCUGUCUCGCAUGCAGGUCCCCAACUCCUGUACCGCGGGCUGGGUCCAACUCUGUGGAGGGAGGUGACCUUCGGCGGCGUGUUCAGCGUCCUGCGCCACGAAUGGGGGGCCGCCAGGGGGGACGCAACGUCCUGGAGCUCGACGGAGACCCUAGAGGCACCAGGAGCGCCUCCGGCUUCCUGUUUUUCGAAAGCGACUCUCCUGGACAUCUUGAGCCCGUUUGGCGCGAACUUCCUCGCGGCGUCCGCGGGCGUCCUGCUUUCUUCGCCGUUCAACUACGCGCGAAACAUGCAGCUCGCGACUCCGUUGGCGCGGCCUACGCCCUCGACCUGGGGCUCCUUGCGCGACCUCUGGAGAGACGCCUUCCGCCCCGCGCCGGCCGCAGAACACGAGAACCCUGUCGCGCGGGAUGUCUGUGGCGCAGGCACACCUGCGCAGGCCUCCUGCCGCGCGCGAAAGCUUCUAGGCAGUUCGUCUCAGGCUUCGCGCGCAGACCUGCCAAGGGACAUCCAGAAGAAAGCGCUGGAGUUCUUCGUCCACCACCCCACAGUCCGCGGCCUAGUCGCCCUAAACGACCGCCUGCGCAUCGGUUGGGGCACGGGGCGAGCAUGUCUGGGAAUAACGAUUGGAGCGAUCGCGUACGAUGCAUGCAUGAUCCACCUCAUAACGCCAGGCUGCUGA